AUGUUUAAGAAAUCAGCUAAUGAUAUUGUUAUCCUUGCCGCUAAAAGAACCCCAAACACCAAAGCCAUAAAAGGUGGUUUACUGAAGCUUUUCCCUGAAGAGAUCUUAUACCAAGUCAUUAAAGGUACUAUGGAUGAAUCUAAAGUCGAUCCUAAUUUAAUAGAUGAUGUUUUAGUUGGUACGGUUUUACAAACUUUGGGUGGUCAUAAAGCAAGUGCAUUGGCAAUUAAAAAAGUUGGGUUCCCAGUAAAAACCACCGUGAAUACAAUUAAUAGACAAUGUGCAAGUUCUGCUCAAGCAUUAACUUAUCAAAGCAGUAGUUUAUUAUCAGGAGAGAAUCAAUUUGCUAUUUCUGCUGGAGUUGAAAGUAUGACGCAUGAUUAUUUCCCACAUCGAGGUAUUCCAACAAGAAUUGCUGAAAAUUUUUAUGAAAAUGCUAGUGAUGAAGCCAAAAAUGUAUUAAUGCCAAUGGGUAUUACCAGUGAAAAUGUUGCUAGUAAGUUUGGUAUUAGCCGUGAAGAUCAAGAUAAAUUUGCAUUGAACUCUCACUUGAAAGCUGAUAAAGCCACUAAACUGGGACAUUUUGCAAAAGAAAUCAUUCCUAUUGUUACUACUGGAGAAAAUGGUGAAGAGGUUGUAAUUACAAAAGAUGACGGAAUUAGAGGAAGUUCCACUUUAGAAAAAUUAGCAAGCUUAAAACCGGUUUUCAAGGAUGAUGGUACUACAACUGCCGGAAAUUCGUCCCAGAUUUCCGAUGGUGGUGCUGCAGCUAUAUUAACCACAAGAGCAAAUGCAGAAAAAAUUGGUAUCAAACCAGUUGGAAGAUUUAUUGGAUCUAGUGUUGCUGGUGUUCCUUCAGCGUUUAUGGGGGUUGGUCCAUCCGCUGCAAUUCCACAAUUAUUGGCUAGAUUUGGUUUAGAAACAAAAGAUAUUGACAUUUUUGAACUUAAUGAAGCUUUUGCAAGUCAACUGAUUUAUUGUAUUGAAAAAUUAGGCCUUGAUUAUGAUAAAGUUAACCCAUAUGGUGGUGCAAUUGCCUUGGGACAUCCACUAGGACAACUGGGAGGAAGAUUGGUUGCAACUUUGUUGAAUGGGUUGAAAGAUCAAAAUAAAGAAUUAGGUGUUGUCUCAAUGUGUAUGAGUACUGGACAAGGUUAUGCUGGGUUGUUUGUCAAUGAAUAG